ACAAGACGCCCUCCAGGUUUGCAUUGCCGAAUUCGUCAUCGACGGGCAUAGGAGCCUCCGCCUGCGGUACCUUCCGCUUGCCUAGCGCUUGGCGUGCCGGCAUGUUGUGGUGGAAAAAAGGGACAAGACAAAAGGUGUUGAAAUGGCUAUUUUUGGAGCUUUCAGUUUCGCGAUGCAGAUGCAGGCGGUUUGGGCGAACGCCUUCUCUGGAAUUUUUUUUUUCUGCCGUCCGAGGGUGUUAGCGCGCUCCACACCGCCUAGCGGGGUUGACCGAGAUGGACGAGUGGAAUCGCUCCUUCCCCAAAUCGGUCUGGACUGCAACUCGGGAAAAAAGAAGCAAAAUAUAAAUCUGCCCGGUGCCCUGCAACUAACACUUUCGAUGCCAUGCGACUCGGAGUGCAACAUAACGCAGCAUAGAACCGACCCAAUGCAGGGAGACAAGCCACCAUCGAGGUCACUAGUCGAUGUCCACGAUGAUGAAGUGGUGGUACAUGGGGAGGCUCUGGCGCAAGUGGGCAAUGCGCCACGAUGGCUGCCACCUACACGGCGCCUUUCCGGCCAUUCACGGGUGUCUGGCAGCGCAUGGACGGCCCUACAGCGCGCCCUUCAGCCGCCGUACUGCUAAGCCAGAAGCAACCACCAGCGCUGACCGCACUACAACGUAGCAUGAGGCUAGGUCGGUAC